GUCUUCAUUUACUGGGUGUGGUUUUCAGACAGAGUUCCGUUAGCAGGAAAUCAAGCUUUAGAUUCACUCAUUGCGGAACAGCGUAACUCUUAGAAAAAUAAAGGAUUCGUACAUAGGCUGUAUACUCAAAACAACCAUAUAUUUAGAAAAAAUCCUGCGCUUGCUCGUCUGAGAUUGCUGGGACUGUCCGUUUCCUGCCUGCGUAGUCUAUCUGAUGGAAAAAAGUUUUUGUUGAAGUUUCCAUUGAAUCUCUCCAUUUCUGAAAUCUGUGAUCAGAGACAAACACGACUUAAAAUGCCGAAAACGAUCAGUGUGCGAGUUACCACCAUGGAUGCGGAGCUGGAGUUUGCCAUCCAGCCCAACACAACUGGCAAACAGCUUUUUGAUCAGGUGGUAAAGACCAUUGGGCUCCGAGAGGUUUGGUUCUUUGGACUGCAGUACCAGGACACCAAGGGCUUCUCCACAUGGCUGAAGCUCAACAAAAAGGUGACGGCACAGGAUGUGCGGAAGGAGAGCCCACUGCUCUUUAAGUUCCGGGCCAAGUUCUACCCUGAGGAUGUGUCAGAGGAGCUGAUCCAGGAGGCCACACAGAGGCUUUUCUUCCUGCAGGUGAAGGAGGGGAUCCUCAAUGAUGACAUCUACUGCCCCCCCGAGACUGCAGUGCUGCUGGCCUCCUACGCCGUGCAAGCCAAGUAUGGGGACUACAACAAGGACGUCCAUGCACCCGGAUACCUGUCCAAUGAUAAGCUCCUUCCUCAGAGAGUCCUGGAACAGCACAAGCUGAACAAGGAACAGUGGGAGGAGAGGAUCCAAGUGUGGCACGAGGAGCACAAGGGCAUGCUCAGAGAGGAUGCUAUGAUGGAAUACCUCAAGAUUGCCCAGGACCUUGAGAUGUAUGGCGUCAACUACUUCAGCAUCAAGAACAAGAAAGGCUCAGAGCUUUGGCUGGGAGUGGAUGCACUGGGGCUCAAUAUUUACGAACAGAGUGACAAGAUGACACCGAAAAUUGGAUUCCCUUGGAGCGAAAUUAGAAACAUUUCCUUCAAUGACAAGAAAUUUGUCAUCAAACCAAUUGACAAGAAAGCGCCGGACUUUGUGUUCUACGCCCCACGGCUUCGCAUCAACAAGCGCAUCUUGGCCCUGUGCAUGGGGAACCAUGAGCUGUACAUGCGGCGCCGCAAGCCUGACACCAUUGAAGUCCAGCAGAUGAAGGCCCAGGCUCGUGAAGAGAAGAACCACAAGAAAAUGGAGAGGGCACUGCUGGAGAACGAGAAGAAGAAACGUGAAAUUGCCGAGAAGGAAAAGGAAAAGAUUGAGAAGGAAAAGAUAGAGUUGAUGGAGAGACUGAGACAGAUUGAGGAGCAGACGAAGAAAGCUCAGCAAGAACUGGAGGAACAGACAAAGCGGGCCCUCGAGCUGGAGCAGGAGCGCAAACGUGCCCAGGAGGAGGCAGAACGGCUGGAGAAGGAGCGCAGGAUGGCAGAAGAGGCCAAGGCCGCGCUGCUCCAGCAGUCUGAGAACCAGAUGAAGAACCAGGAGCACCUGGCCACUGAACUAGCUGAGCUGACUUCCAAGAUCUCACUCCUGGAGGAUGCCAAGAAGAAGAAAGAGGAAGAGGCCACAGAAUGGCAACAGAAGGCCACCUCAGUGCAGGAGGACCUGGAGAAGACCAAAGAAGAGCUGCGGAACAAAGUGAUGGCGGCCCACGUGCAGGAGCCCGUGCACGCCGAGAACGAGCACGACGAGAAUGACGAGAGCAGCGCCGAGGCCAGCGCCGAGCUGACAUCCGCUGCUGCCUACAAGGACCGUAGCGAGGAGGAGCGCAUGACCGAGGCCGAGAAGAAUGAGCGCGUGCAGAAGCACCUACUGGCUCUGAGCUCAGAGCUGGCCAACGCCCGUGACGAGAGCAAGAAAACGGCGAAUGACAUCAUCCACGCCGAGAAUGUUCGGGCAGGGCGGGACAAGUACAAGACCCUGCGGCAGAUCCGGUCGGGUAACACCAAGCAGCGCAUCGACGAGUUUGAGUGCAUGUGAUCACUGUCGACCAAUGGCACUGGCGGAACCACUACAGGGGAGCCACGACUGGGCCUUUUCCACUUCGCUGCAAACCUGCCUUAACCAAGCUACUGUGCCUUCUCCAAACAGGGUCAAUUUAGGAUAUCAAAGUUCCAGGUCAAUAUACUUUAUGUGAGUAAUUCUGUCUGAAUCCCAUUAGAAGAGUUGCAGUUAUAAGAAACAGUGUUACAGUGUCCCUAAAUUAUCCUUCUAGCAAGCAUCCUUAAUUAAGUCAAUGCUUUCAUUUGAUUUUGUUUGACUGGUUAAUGUGUGAUUUUUUUCCUGUUUUUUUUUUUCUAAUUCUUCGAAUGAACACCCAGUUUGUUCAUACGUAUACUACGACACACACCCACAUGAAGUUUAGGCAUUCCUAUCUUUGUUAUCCAUCAUGCAUCAGUUUGAUUUGGGAAUUCCAAUGUUAAGUACACAUUUCACUUCUUUGUAUGUAUACCCAUGACCUGUUUUGCUCUUAAAUUAACCUUGAAGAAAAAUGUCAAGCUCAGAACAAUUUCAUCUUGGUAUUUGAGUAGGGCACCAAAUUCAGUUUAACCACAAAGUGCCCUGUUCUUUGUUAUGAGUUGUGAACGUAAACAAGUGUUUCUAAGAUAUUAAAAUAAUAAUUAAUUAAUUACUGAACAAAGAACGUCACAUGGUGGUUAGGCUAAAUUUGGACAGAAGCUUGUUAGGUUGACAAUUAUGAGAGGGAGUCAAUACUCAGGUGCUAAACAUUAAUAAGAAAUUCAAGCAUUUUUCCAAGAAGGGGAUCAGUACAAAUUUUUUUCUCACACAGUAAAGCACACGUAUUGCGCUUAGCAAAUUAUAGAAGUCAAAAACAAUAAUAAGGCCAACUGGUCUCAGUUAAAAAACAGUGCCACAGAACAAGAGCAGGUUUGUUUCUUGGAGGGCCCAUCACCAUUAGUCACUUCAGUAAAUCAAGAAGAUAAUGUAACAAAAUGCUUUUUUUAGUUUUUACUUUAUUAUAAUUUUAAGCUUUUCAUGAUUGUUUACUUUUUGGAUGAUAUUGAGUCAAUUAAAAGCACUCCACUUAUUCUUUAAAGCUUUGGAAGGCAAAUCCUUUGCAGUAUCAUAUUCAAGAAGUAUUAGAGUAAAUGAAACAGUGUUCAGUGCUGGAAUGUCACAGUUGCUCUUUUGUAGUGGGAUACAUAUUUCUGAAUGAUCCUUAUAUUACAAGUGUAUCCGCUAUGACUCAUAGCCAUGCACAGUAGAAGUUAGAGAUUCUUUUUUAUAUAUAACAAAUCUUUGCAAAAUCUUCUUUAAUAUGAGGCAUUGGCUGCUUUGAAGUAUCCAAGUGGUUUUGCAGUUUGCCUCAUUUUUAUUGGUUUAUCUGUAGUAAAAUAAGAAAAAAAUCAUGAUUCUGUGGAAAAGAUGGGUGUAUUACUAUGUCAGAGUCCAUUUCUAGUGUUUUGUUAAUUAAAUUAUAUGAGCAACCGAAGAUCAUCAUUCAAAGGCUGAAUGAUGUCUGUUAUGUUGAUAUUGCAUUGCUAUUUCAGCACCGGGCAGUGCCUUUCAUUAAAAGAAUAUACGUUGGCUGCUUGAAAAGUUUUCAU